UCCGAAGUCUUAUCACUUGUCGCUCGGCUCUGAAGCUCGAUUCACGUGUUGUCAUUUAUAAAACGAUUACAAUCCAAGGCAUGAUUGACACUCCAGUGACGGUGGCUGCAUAAGACACACAAGACUCACAGAGACGCGAGAAAAACUGGUAUUUGAAAACCCAAUCAAGCGGAACACAACUCUCAACCUGACUCCAGACUGUCUGCAGUGAUUGUGUGGGAUUACAAAAUAUAUACGACAAGUGCGACAGAAAAGUGAAAGGCCUGGUUAAUUAAUUACAAAAUGUCAUCGGCUCUGACAAAUCUCUUGCAAUCUCUGAGGAUUGUGCCCUUCGGCAGCAAGGCAAUGGUGGCCUCCAGUGAGAAGGAGCGCUUGAAGGUGACAGAUCUGCCGGAGAUCUCGCUGGAGGAGGUGGCCCAGCACGAUAGCUUCGAUGACUGCUGGGUGGUUAUCUACGAUCGGGUUUACGACGUCACACAUUUCCUGAGGGAUCAUCCUGGCGGCGAAGAUGUCAUCAUGGAUCAUGCUGGACGGGAUGCUACGAUCGCAUUCCAUGGCACUGGGCAUUCCCGCGAUGCUGUUGAAUUGAUGAGGAAUUUUCUAAUCGGAGAACUGCCGGUCAAGCAGCACAUAUUUCGCACCGGCCAAAACAAGGUUCUGUCCUCGGGAAUACCGGAAUAAUAGUGUCAGAUGAUCCAUUGGCGAUCGCCCGGUUAAUCGAUCGCUUCCGCCGCCGUCCUCCACACACACGUCUUUCUAUCUAUGUCUUCAGAGUAUUCAUUGAUUUUGUGUCUAGCUUUAAUCAGUCUAUUUCGCAUUUCGCAAAUUGCUUUUUGCUCGCUCAUCAAUUGCCAUUCGGCAGAAAUAUGUGUGUUUAUUUAUAUAAUGAUGUAUAUUUUUGUAAAGACUUGAA